CAACCUAGUAGUGGUAAGUCCUAGUGGGUGAUAAGUGAGAAACGUACAACAAUAGGUGUGACAAACUCCCCUUUUUCUGUGAGUUUGCCACGACUUCUUGGAGGGGCAUGCUGGCCAGCAUCUUGCUUCAAGAUUAUGGGCCCUGCAAUACACCUUGCCCAAUGCACUUUAAAAGGCUCUGUUCAUGUGAAGUAUGUACUUUUGUACUCCAGACAGAGAGACCGACCGUUUGCUCUAAUUCUCUGGAACUGUUUUGGGCAUGGGACCAUGUGCACAGCCAGUCAAAAAGAGACUUCCAUGAAACUUUUGAACCCCUGCUCUGAUAUGGGUGAUUUUUGGAUAUGUUGUUCACCCAGAUCAGGGCUAUACGGGAAUAUUUUGGGGUACUUUCUGAACUUUCUGAAAAUGUGUUUUUUCUGUCUGGAGAUAAUUGAGUUACAGGACUUCACUCAAUUAUCUCCCAAGCAGAGGGUAGGGAUUGUGUGCUGUACAUGGGCGUGUCACAGACUGUAUGUUUGUUCUGAUUGGUUUAUGUCCUUUGUGUUCCUGUGCCCCAUCAGGUCCAGGAGGUGUUCCUCUGGCCUGGAGAAUUGUAUAAAAGCCAACCUGAACAAACUUCAUCAAGUUUCGGCUCAUGUUUGGGGGAUUGCUAUAAUUUUGGGGGAUUGCUAUAAUCACUAUACUCCCCUGAGUAUAAUCAAUAAGCUCUGUAAGAGCUUGUUUCUGCUACGCUCUCUGAACUAAGGGAGGUCUACCCACUGGAAGCUGGAUCCUGGUCAUAGGUCCAGGGUGGGUAGGAGACGGCGAGAUCCCAACCAAGCUGUGGCGGUUCGUGGGGUUUCCAGUAGUUAUGGUGUUCCAGCGCAGUGCUUAUGGUACUCAUUAGUACUAGGAAGCAGCGAUUGACAGAGGUACCCAGUCGGGGUGCCAGGCAGUCCAUCACAAUAGGGAACAUAUGUGGAGGUGUAAAUUACUUCAUACUGGCAAUAACGUUCACACAAUGCAAAAGUAGAUUGAGUGAUAACGCAGCACAACAUUUAUAACUCUGAUUGUUUCUAUCAUCAGUGUCCUCUAUCUUCUGGUUAGGAGGUUGUUCCCCUAGCCCAGUCUCUUCCUGUCUCUCAUCUCUGUCUACCCGCCAUCCGUAUGUGGGACGCUUAUGGUCUGCGAAGGAACUUGGGUAGUCCUACUGGGCUUCUGUGACAGUGUAUGGUCCAGUGGUGCUCAGGGCAGUGACUGGGUUAGGAGGUGUUUGGGUGGGGAAGGUUGCACAUAGGGUGUGGGAGGGGAGAGAGAAGAGGGAGAAGAAAAAAAUAAAAAUAAUAAGGAGAGGUGGGGAAAGUGUUCAUUGGCCCCCGCGGCUCUUCAGGACAGGUUUAUUCUGUAUCGUAAACGUGGGAUCUUACUCCAUGAGGAACUUCGUGCCCUUGGCUGACGUUAGGAAUUUAAAGCCAGUAGAACCAUUAUUGGGUGUAUCUCUCUCGAUUUCUGGUAGAGAUUAGUUUUCGGUCUUCAAACUGUCUCAUGUCCUCAACCCCCUCCACUCAUUUGCGCAGCAAUUGUUAUCUCCAGUGUAUUGGAAUCACUGCUUUUGCAACGUUCAGUAGGCGUGGAAUCACAGAUUAAGAGCAUUUUUUAAACGGCUUUUAAGAGAUUUAUUUAAAGAUUGUGAAUUAAUGUAACAAGCUGGAAUGAUCUCUCUAUUAUAUUAGAAACAAAAAAACAACAACGAAAUAGUAGCAUUGUUUGCUAUUAGAAACGUUUAUUUCAUGCUCCAUGAUAACUUUUUAAAGUAAACUAAACAACUUUUUCACUCGACCAGCAGGUCUGGUGAAAAAAAAUCAGAGAGGAUAGUGCCAGUCUAUCCUGGGCAUAAACCCUGUAGAUUAGACAGCUACAAAAUGGUGGAACACUAGGUUCCCAAAACUGGUAAAUGUUGUGUACAGCAUAAAAUAAAGUAUCAUACAGUAUAAGAGUGUAGCUGAGGGAGGGCUAAGACUAAAAUCAGUAAAUGUGUAUCUAAUCAGGCUAUAUUAAGUUGUGCCUCAGAUACACAAACUGAAAUAGACCAAAUAAGAGAUAGCAGAUAAGGGGGAAGGAAUCUCAGAGAGCAGUGGUAAUGGUGGAAACUUGUUCUAAUAUUGCAGGAAGUAAUCAUAUGGCCAGAGGCAACAAGAUACUAGUGCUGUAUGUAUCUCCAUUUGUCAAGCCUUGUUACAAGGUAAAUAGAAGACUACUCUGACCCAAAGGAGAGUAUAAAUAGUGACAGCUAGCCAAUACCUCAGCUGUUCUAAGAAAAACAACAGCCUACUACCAACACAGGACAGAAAAUUAAUACCUACUGUGGCGAAACCAACCUCGCCACUGUACACUGGAGAAGCCUGGUUGCUCGCCUGCUCCCUUUAGACUAUGGCCCUGCAGUUCAGACCUGUUAUUUUCCCUGCUGAAAGGUUUAUUCAUGCCUUUCUGCCAGGGUGUUCGGUAGAUUCAAUCUACCGAACAAACUACUGAACGAUGGACCACCUGGGAACUGGAGUGUGCCAUCAAUUAACCGCCCAGAAGCUGCGGUUAACCGCAGCUUAAUUGAUGAACGCUGGGAGGCCUUUGUUCGGUUGCCGAACACGUGGCAGCUGCCAUUUUACCUCCCGAACGGCCAGCGGUGUUCAGCGCUUAAACUAUGGAACUGAAAACGGACACUUAAUUGCGCGAACACCGAUGAGCCGCCAGCCUCCUUCCCUUCCCAUUCAAGAACGGAACUGAAUGAUUGUUCAUUCGGUAGUUUAACCGGAUGAACAGCAUCACCCAGAUAGCUAAGCCAUGGAGCCUGUUCGUGUUAUGAAAAGACUAUGUGAAGGACUUUGGCUCCAUGGCGAUUGAACUGUAUGUAUGUGAUCUGAGCGCCAUUCGGUAAUAAUGUGCGUUCAGAUCUGAGCUAUCUGGGGAUAUGUAGAACGUAUAUGUUUUAUGUACUGAAUGUAACUGUAGGUAAUUUUAUGUCUUUUACUGUUUGUUUUCUGCCAUGUGGUUAAUGGAGUUUUGCCUCUGUCUUUGGAGAUAAUUGGAUUACUUCCCAAUUAUCUCUAGGGCAGAGAGGAGGGAUUGUGAUGCAUUAUGGGAUGGUUGAAAUGUGUAAGUCUGUGAUUGGUCCUUUUACCCUUUGUGUCCCAGUCUCCCAUUUGUUCCCCUAGGGGAGUGUCCACCAGGUGGGAGACCUGCAUAAAAGCCAGGCAGUUAGCCCCAGUAAAUCAGUUCCUGCUUAACCCUCAAAGUGAAGUGUCGUCUCAUUAUUGGGGGAGGAUUUACUGUAUGCUGUUAGAGACUGAUUGCCAGGAGUGUAAGCCGCUUGGGGGCUUUUCCUGUUCGUCUGCUAGCAGCUAUUCGUGUGUCUCCAGUUCGGGAGUUUGGAGUGCUACUUGGUAUGCAGAUCGGGAGUUUCGAGUAUUCCCUUGGUUGCAGUUCGGGAUCUGGUGAAUUCGUGGGUUUGCAGUUCGGGAGAUUGGUGCUUGCAGUAGCUGUCUGUUCAGCUGAAAAAGGGGAAUAUCGCCUAAAUGGUUUUUAACCUCUUGUGGGCAAAACGGUCCGUUACAAUUGGUGGCAGCGGUGGGAUCCAACCUUACAGCCGAAAAGCGUGGUUUGUGCAAUUGAAACUGCAGAACAGGAAAAGGGAAUGGCAAUUCAAAUGCAACAAAAGAACCGAACACAGAAGUGAAUGGAGACGGAUUAUGCUACAUUAAAACGGCAGACAAUGAAAGAACUGCUGGAAGCGAGAGGACAAAUAGCUAGCAACAAAUCUAAAGCCAUGCUGAUCGCUGAACUGAUGGAGGGCGACCGGGCUCACAACAGCACACCCCCAACAGCCAGGGAAGAAACCCCGUACCAAAGGGAACUGAAAACCCGGCUGGAGUUUUUACCGCAGCCAGUACCCCUGGAUAUCCUGACGGUCCUGAUGGCUGAUGUCCAGGAAUAUAUGAUGGCACAACACCACCAGGGUGCACCGUCCAGGGCAGAAUCCAUUACUGCCUCCAUCUGCGGUCAGGUAAAACCAAAAAUACCUUAUCAUGCCUUCAAAGUGUUCUGUGAGGAGAAGGAUGAAAUUGAUGGAUACUUGCAGGACUUUGAACGACUAUGUGACCUGCACGACCUACAGCAGGCAGUGUGGGUGCCCCUACUAGCAGGAAAAUUGGCAGGACGGGCAGCAGAGGCCUAUCGCGCUGUCCCACCAUGUAAGAUAUGCGCCAACUUAUGCUGUUGGAACAAUUUUUCAACGGACUAUCCCCGGAAGCACAAGAAUGGGUGAGAGAUCGCAAACCUCUCACCUUACCUGAAGCCACCAGGUUGGCGGACCAACAUUUUGAUGCCAGGAGACAUCAUGGGCUGGUUAAUAGGAGCUACCCGAGACUGCCUGUACAACCCAGCACGAUAACCCCCGCCACCGUCAACCCCACUCCGUUUAGGCCGGCACAAGGGAACCCACCACCUCCCUCUCGCUACAAUGGCAGAUCCAAUAUUCAGUGCCAUACCUGCCGACAGUGGGGGCAUAUGUCCAGAGAGUGUACCCAGAACCGGAGCAGACAAGCGUGGAACCAAGUGAGGCAGAACUCCACACCAAGGGCAGCGGCACAUCACUACCAAGUGGAACCUGACACCCAAGAGUUGCUGAGCCUUCAGACAGAGGAACCCCUGGGCAUUUUACACAAGGUGAUGUCUGUACAGGCCACCGACAACCGGCAACAUCAUCGCCAAGUUGUGUUUGUGGGAGGCAAGGAAGUACAGGGGCUACGUGACUCGGGAGCCACAUUGACCCUGGUGGCUCCACAUUUGGUUCCGGAUACCGCUCACACUGGCGGGUCUGUGGCAGUCCGGGUGGCAGAGGGAGCAAUGUACCGCCUACCCACUGCAAAAGUACAUUUGAACUGGGGUGCUGGGGAGGGGGUCGUGGAAGUGGCUAUCAUGAAGAAAUUACCCGCGGAUGUUGUAUUGGGGAAUGACUUGGGCCGGAUGACUUCUGCAUUUGUACCUCAGGCCCCACUCGGCAACAGGCUCGCACCACGGUUCCACCAACACACUCUGAGGCUCAGGUAAGAGACCAUGACUUACCCUUGACCCUUAUGACCUGGGACACACCGACCACCUUUGAAGCCGAGGUCCAGACAGACCCCACGUUACAGGUUUUUCCCGGGAUAGAGUAUGCACUGAUCAGGCCGGGCUAGAGUGGGAGCGGUAUAUCUGGGAGAAAAGACUAUUAUACAGGGUAGCAGAGAGAGUGAUAGGGGGCUCUGUCAUGGUGAAAACCAAGCAGCUAGUAGUUCCCCAAAAAUAUAGACAGGAGCUUUUGAGGAUAGCUCAUGAUAUUCCUCUCUCUGGCCAUUUGAGGAUGACCCGUACCUGUUACCAGCUGACACACGCCUUCUUCUGGCCGGGAGUUUCCAAAGACGUGAGGCAAUACUGCACCUCAUGUGACAUAUGUCAGCGAGUAGGGAAGAGGGGGGACCGCCACAAAGCGAAACUAUGCCCCCUGCCCAUUACUGAGGAACCCUUUGGCCGUAGACAUAGUAGGGCCACUACCUAAGCCUGGUCCCUCUGGGAAGUGGUAUAUCCUAACCAUGGUGGACUACGCCACCAGGUACCCCGAAGCCAUCGCUCUGCCCAACAUUCACGCUGAAACAGUAGCGGAAGCCUUGAUGAAAAUCUUCUCUAGGGUAUCUCUCAGGAGAUAAUCUCUGAUAGGGGGACCCAAUUCACAGCCGAGGUCACCCAGCAAUUAUGGAAGAUAUGUGGCAUUAAGCUGAUCGUCAACUCCGCAUACCAUCCCCAAUCCAACGGGUUAUGCGAAAGAUUCAAUGGUACCCUAAAGCAGAUGCUCUGUACGUUUAGAGAGGCCCAUAAAGACUGGGAACAAUUCCUUCCCCAUCUGCUAUUUGCCUAUAGGGAAGUACCCCAAGAAUCAACCGGCUUUUCCCCAUUUGAGUUGUUAUUUGGGAGAAGAGUAUGGGGACCGUUGGACCUAAUUAGAGAGUAUUGGGACAGAGAGUAGCGCAGAUGGGACCCCUAUUGUACCAUAUGUGCUGGCGUUCAGGGACCGCAUGGAGGAGUUGACCCAGGCCGUCCGUACCGACCUCCAGGCGGCUCAGCAACGGCAGCGCCGCUGGUAUGACAGGGGGGCCAGAGACCGUAGUUUUCAAAUGGGACAGAAGGUGUUGAUUUUAAAACCCGUCCGUACAGACAAACUGCAGGCCGUCUGGCAGGGCCCAUACCAGGUGGUAGAGCAGAGAUGCGACACCACCUAUGUGAUAGGCCCAUGCUCCGGGGUAGGGAAGAGACACAUGCUCCAUGUGAACAUGCUCAAACCCUACCACGAGAGAACCGAGGACGUGGCCGCCAUAUGCACGCCCGACUCGGAGGAUCAGGAGAAUCUGCCACUACCGGAUCUGCUAUAGCAGGACGAGCAAGCCGAGCCCUCCAAGGGGGUGCAACUGGGGGAGCGACCAAGCCCUCAAGAGCGAACCCAGGUACAGGAGUUGAUAGAGGCUUAAGGUGCCACGUUCUCCAACUUGCCUGGGUACACUCUGCUGGCCACCCACUGAGUUGAGACCCCUGGACAGCUACCGAUGCGGCAAACCCCAUAUCGGAUUCCUGAAUCCGUCAGGGAACACAUGAGAAAAGAAAUUGGGGAGAUGUUGCAGUUAGGGGUUAUCGAACACUCAGAUAGCCCCUGGGCAUCACCGGUAGUCCUGGUACCCAAAAAGGAUGGUACAACCCGGUUUUGUGUGGACUACCGGAGGCUGAAUGACAAAACGGUGUCUGAUGCCUACCCGAUGCCCCGGAUAGACGAGCUGCUAGAUAGGAUGGCAAGAGGCCAGUAUCUUACUACCAUAGAUUUAUGUAAGGGAUACUGGCAGAUUCCACUAGCCGAGGAUGCCAUCCCCAAGUCGACGUUUGUCACCCUGUUUGGCCUGUGUCAGUUUAGGGUCAUGCCAUUCAGGAUGAAGAACGCACCAGCAACCUUUCAGUGGAUGGUAGAUCGGCUACUGGAUGGGUUCCAGGAUUAUGCAUGCGCAUACCUGGACGAUAUUGCCAUAUAUAGCCAGACCUGGGCAUAGCAUCUACAACACAUAGGGGCCGUAAUAGAUUGUAUUAGAGAGGCAGGACUGACACUGAAGCCUAGCAAGUGUCACAUAGGGAUGGCCGAGGUGCAGUAUUUAGGCCACCGGGUAGGAAGUGGGCAACAAAAACCUGAGCCAGCGAAAAUUGAAGCUGUAGCUAAGUGGCCCACCCCUAGGACCAAGACCCAAGUCCUCGCUUUCCUGGGUACCGCCGGGUACUAUAGAAAAUUCGUGCCCAAUUACAGUGCCCUGGCCAAACCCUUGACCGACCUGACGCGCAAGAACUUACCCCGACAGGUUGUCUGGGCCCCAGAGUGUGAACAGGCAUUCCACCAACUUAAGACGGCUCUUACUAAUGCACCUGUACUUGCUGCUCCUGAUCCAACUAAACUUUUUCUUGUCCACACAGACCCUUUAAUGUUUGGAUUGGGAGCAGUACUGAGCCAAGUUGGAGCAGAUUGCGGAGAACACCCUGUAGCUUAUUUAGGCCGGAAGUUGUUACCCCGAGAAGUGAGCUACGCCGCCAUCGAAAAAGAAUGCCUGGCCGUGGUGUGGGCUCUGAAAAAGUUACAACCAUACCUCUAUGGGCAACCCUUUUCUUUGCUCACAGAUCACAACCCGUUGGUGUGGCUAAACCAUGUGGCUGGAGACAACGCCAGGCUGCUGCACUGGAGUUUGGCGCUGCAGCCUUUUGACUUUACAAUCCAUUAUCGCCCUGGGAAGCAAAACGGUAACGCCGACAGGUUAUCUAGACAAACUGACCUGGAGAAGUGAUCUGUGAGCCCUCCUCCGGACAUCCCCAAGCCGAUCCGUUGGGAUCAGACUGUGUAUGCCGGUUUAGUUCUGGGGGAGCAUUGUGGCAAACCUAGCCACUUGGACAAUAUACAGAGACUAUGGCUUUAAGGGUUGCCUGUAUGGUUUUGGUGAUGUGUAUGUUCCUGGGUGUAAUGUACUGUGAUUGUAUAACCUUGUAUUGCCUGCAUUGGCUAUCUGCCGAAAGCAGAUAGCUGUAUUUCGUUUCACGAACGGCACCUUUGCGGGCCGUUCGUGAACUUGAAUAAACUAUCCUGCAAUAGCCCACACACUAAGAGACGUGUGGCGCUUGUUAACCGAUUGCAACAAUGUUGCAAUCGGUAAUUAGAGGCUCUCCUAGGUGACCGUCGUUCGACUACUGACCACGCGGCGGUCGGCCAUCUUGGAUCCUUCGUUCCUCCAGCGGUGUUUGGUCGUCGAGCGCGUGGUACUAAAAACGUCUACUCAACAGCGCGAACACCGCUGGACUUCCAGGCCAUUCGGGAGUUCCGGGCCUUUCGGUAUUUUAUUCCCCAUAUGCCAAUCGGUCUUUUGAAUGCAUGUUUAGGUGAAUAUGUUUUUCGUGCGACGUUCGGUUGUUUUAGCUGGGUUCAGAGCG